AGCACUAACCAUAAAAGGAAAAAUAGAUAAACUGGACUUCAUCAAAAUUAAAAACUUUUGUUCUUCGAAAGACAUCAUUAAGAAAAUAAAAAGGCAGGGGGAAGGGGCAGCAGGCACCAUGUUGGGCCAUGAAGGUGGCAAGAAGAAGUCCUUGAAGCAGCCCAAGAAGCAAGCCAAGGAGAUGGGGAAGGAAGAUAAGGCACUCAAGCAGAAAAAGGAGGAGGAGCAGAAGAAACUCGAGGAGCUAAAAGGGAAGGCUGCGGGUAAAGGCCCCCUGGCCACAGGUGGAAUUAAGAAAUCUGGCAAAAAGUAAGCUGUUCCUGGAAUUCCUUGGUGGUCCAGUGGUUAAGACUUGGCGCUUUCACUGCCACGGGCCCGGGUUCGAUGCCUGGCCAGGGAACUAAGAUCCCACAAGCUGCACAGCGUGGCCAAAAAAUAAGUAAAAUAAAAUUUUUAAAAA